ACAGGCUCGCAGGUAGAAGUACGUUUAAGAUGGGGUUCGGACAGUCCAAACCGGAGGCCAAACUGCCUGAUCUUGACGCCAAAAGGUUCCGAAAGUACAACUUUCCGUUUGAGAACAUCGUGAUGGAAGGGGGAGGAGCCAAGGGGAUCGCGUACAUCGGGGCGGUCAAGGUUCUGGAGGACGCGGGGAUCAUGAAGAACAUCAAGCGGUUCGCCGGCACCAGCGCAGGCGCAAUCACGGCCGGCUUCCUGGCGGCGGGGAUGUCGUCUGGUGACGUGCUGGACGUCAUGAACAAGACGGACAUGCCGAAUAUCCUCCUGGCAGACAUAUGGAAGCACGUGGGUGCCCUGUACGAUCUGCUGAAAAACUACGGCGUGUUCAGGGGCCAGUCGUUCCUAGAGUGGUACGGAGAAAUCCUCCGACAACACUUCGAGAAGAAGAAGCCGGAAAGUGAAGAGACGAAAGGACCCUACCAUGGCCUGACGGAGAACAUCACGUUUGCACAGCUAUAUGAGGCCCUUGGUGUGGAGUUCUGUACUGUGGCCUACAACACCCAGAUUAAACGGGAGGGCUACUUACACGUCAAGACAUUCCCUCUGGGCUCAGUGCGGGAUGCAGUGCGCAUGUCUAUGUCCCUUCCAGUUGUUUAUCAGCCCCACAAAGUCGGCCGAGAUAGAGACACAGCGGCCCGUUGGAUCGACGGAGGCGUCUGCGCGAACACCCCCGUGUACUGCUUUGACGGUUGGUGGUUGUCUAUGGAGGAGAGUAACUCUUUCCAUGAACGUCUGGGGGAGAAGCAGGACAGGGAUGCGGUCAGGAGGGCCUUCCGCCCCGCCUACAGUCACGAGCGCUUCGAGCCGGACGGGGACGAGGAAGAAAAAAAGGCGAAGAGGAGCAAAACGCUCGGGUUGCUGCUGUAUUCAGAUGGCGACCCUGAAUUCUACCAGGACCAGUUCACAGAUCGCGUCCGCAACUUCACAGACCAGCACCAGGAACUGGAGAAGGAAGCCAUCAAGCCGGACACAGAGAAGCGUCGCACGUAUGAUGAAAACACGGAGAAGAGGAAGGCUCUGGAAACAAAAAAGAAGGAGGAGCUGAUGAAACAGGUAAAACUGAAAGAGAAGCUGGACAAGGUGACUGAGGAGCAGUUCCCGAAUGAGGACCAGAUGAGGGCCUGCUUUAACACCGAAAUGACAAAAGAGGACCUUCAAAUCAUCAAAAGUGACCUGGACAUGUCAGACGAAGAGAAAGCUUUUAAGGAUGCUUUUGACCGUAGUUUCCUCAACUUUAAGGGAGAGCCGACCAAGGGAACUACGGAGAACAUCUUCAACAACUGGGCGCCUCUGAAGUUGGCCAUGAUGGACCAACUCAAACAUACUUCCAUCAGUAAACCGGGCGAGCUUUAUAUGUCGUAUCUGGACUUUGUGGGCAAGAGCAAGCCGAUUCGGGAGCAUGACGUCGGCAGGUGCGUCGGUAUUGACGUGGAUUACGUCGGUACCGGAGACUUCGACAUGGCUCCUGAGGACAAGACUUUCCUCAUGAUGCAAGGAGCCAUCGCCACUGUGGCGUUUCUGGAAGAGUUCAUCAAGGAAAACGGGCUGAAGCCUGAAAUUAAGAAAAAGGCCUUGGAGAUGGAUACAUCGCUGUAGAACACACUUGGAGUAGGACUUACAAAUAAAAGUUAGACGAAAUCAUUGAAAAAGAAAGAGAAAAGUAAGUUUAACUGUAAUAUCUAACACAGAAAUUUGAGUCACCCACAUUUUCGACUUCCAAAAUUAGUUGCAGAUAGCGUUAGACAGAGCGGCAAUGUGUUGGAAUAAACAAAUAUUAAACAGCUAAUACAUUUACUGGUGAUUGAGAAACCAUCUGACAUGAUCUUGUAGCACACUUCACGCCAAUGCAUACGGAGAGGUCAGCGAUCGAGGUUAUUAGUAGAGGCUAAUAGGGCCUUCACACUGAAACCGAAUUAGUUUAGUUUAGCUUUGGUUUAGUUUAGUUAUACAGAUCUCCAUUAGUGACUGAUAUGUCACUAUUCUUCCUGGAGUCCAGGUGAUUUGUAGAGAAUGACCAAUUCUAGAAGGAUUUUGCAUCAUCGCACACCGCACCAUCGCACGUGUGGGGGUUCUUUAACUUGCCUGGGGUAUGGCUCUCCCCAGACACGGGACCUCCAUUUUACGUCUUAUCCGAGGGACGGCCCUAGCCGAA